AUGACACAAUAUUUUGGACAAUAUUUAAUUAGACAAUCUGAAAUAUUUUUUACAUCAGAGUUGUCUUUUGCACUAGUUAAUUUAAAACCAGUAUUACCAGGCCAUGUAUUAGUUUGUCCAAAAAGAGUUGUACCAAGAUUCAAAGAUUUAACCAAAGAUGAAAUAACUGAUCUUUGGGUAUCCGCACAAAAAAUAUCAAGCAUUAUUGAAACUCAUUUCAAAGGGGAUAGUUUAACAUAUGCAAUUCAGGACGGCAAGAGUGCAGGUCAAACUGUUGAACAUGUACAUAUUCAUAUCAUUCCAAGAAGACCAAAGGAUUUUGAAGAAAAUGAUCAAAUUUAUACAGAGAUUGAAAAGGCUGAUAGAAAACCAAGAACCUAUGAAGAAAUGGCUGCUGAAGCUGCCGAACUAAGACCAUAUUUUAGCAAUUAA